AUGAUCAAGCUCGCGCACCCGGACUACGAAGUCCACGGCUGGAGAAGCACCCUGCUCAUGUGGGUGGUGUCGAUCAUCCCAAUCACUGUGAAUAUCUUUGCGCGCCGCGUCCUGGGCGUAAUUGAACUCGUGGCCGGGGUUAUGCAUGUCGUAUUUCUGCCCAUGGUCCUCGGGUUUCUCAGCCAUGCUCCGCGCAGUGAGCAUGAAUUUGUUUGGGAUACGUUUAUUAGUGGGUUUAGUGGGUGGGAGAAUCCAGGGGUGGUGUUCUCGAUUGGGUUGUUGGGCGUCGAUGGUAUAAUCCACAUGGCAGAAGAGGUAAAGAACGCCCAAGUUGUCGUCCCUCGCUCGAUGGUCUGGGGAACUAUGAUAAACGGGGCCAUGGCAUUUAGCUACGCAAUCGCGAUCCUGUACUUCAUGGGUAACUACGCCGAUGCUUUGAUGACGCCAACAGGAUACCCGAUUAUUGAGAUAGCGUAUCAGGCAACGGGCUCAAAGACAGCGACGUUCAUGAUCAUGGCAACGGGGAUGCUGCCCGGGUGGAUUGCGUUCUUCAACGGCCUUGCCUCUGUGACUCGUUUGACCUGGGCUUUUGCACGAGACAAUGGGCUUCCAUUCUCUGACUAUUUUGUCAGGAUUGAUCCUCGGUUCAAGAUUCCCCUGCGUUCGCUGCUGCUAGUGUCGUCUUGGAUUUUUGUUCUGUCGUUUAUUCAGACGGGGUCUACGGCUGCGUUUAAUGCGAUCUUGUCGCUGAGUACCCUGGGGUUGUAUAUAUCGUACCUGUUCCCUCUUGUUUCUCUUGUAAUUGCUCGAUUUACGGCCAAGGAUAUCCCCAGGGGUCCGUUUACUCUGGGGAGAUUUGGUCUGCCGUUGAAUUUGGCUGCCAUCCUGUUUGCUACCUACUUUGUCGUGUUUCUGCCUUUCCCACCAACUCUGCCAGUUACCGCAAAGAACAUGAACUUUGCGGGACCGGUGCUGAGCUUUGUUAUGCUAUGUUCCUGCAUUGACUGGUUGGUACGUGGGCGCCACAAGUGGAGCGGGCCUACUAUGAGAUAUCCUCGGGGGUGA